AUGGAAGAAUCGGAUUUGAAGGAAAUAAAUGAUAAGAUGAGGGCCGAGUUGAACUUUCCAACACCACCACCCAAACCAGGGAAAGAUGCAGCAUCAUUUUCGAGAACUUCUUCAAUUGAAGGAUCAGAAUCUGCACAAACCACCCCCUCAUCAGCUAGAUCUCAACCUAUAGGUACUGAACUAUUUCCCGCUUAUGAAUAUGGAUCAGAACAAGGAAAAGAUGAUGAAAACAUAAAAGUCAAGUUAAAGGAAUUAAUAAGUAAAUGGACAGAGGCAAUGAAUAGAUCGGGAAAUUUAAAACAAAUUUGGGACAGUAUGGAGAUUACAUUUGAAGAAUUUGUGAAACACAUGAAGGAAGAGAAUGAGGAAUUAAGUGCGAUAUGUACGGGAACAAAAACAAAGGAUGGAGGAGUAAGAGAAGAAUAUGGAGCUAUGUGCAAAUUCUUAGUACAGAAUAUACAUAAGAAAGAAAGUAAGAACAAGAGUGAACAAGUGGAAAGGGAGAAUGACAGAAAGCUAGGAUCACAUAUACAGUGUAUCAUGUUGAAUGUGUCCGUGCGGAAAAUAUUCUGUGAACGAUGUGGGGCGAGGAAAGUUGUUGAGUACGUCUUUAAAAAAAUUAAUAAUGUGGCAAGAGAAGUAUAUGGGGAAGAGGAAUAUAAUGAAUGCACUAUGGAAAAUUGGAAAAAUAUUGAAAUAAAAUGGAAGGAAAUGGAGAAGGAAAUAACUAGUUGGUUAGAGAAGAAUCAGGAUAUUCUGAAAAAAGUGAAUGGUAUAAAGCCGAAUGUAGGAC